GUUUUCCACCUGAGAGCGAAGAUGGUGGAGCCAGGACAAGAUCUGUUGCUUGCUGCUUUGAGUGAGAGUGGAAUCAGUCCAAAUGAUCUAUUUGAUAUUGACUCUCCGGACGUGGUUCUUGCAAAUCCAGCACCAACUCCAGCUGUACAGCAGCAACCACCAUCCACCACAACCUUUGUGCUGAAUCAAAUAAAUCAGCUUCCGACUUUGGGGACUACAAUAGUGAUGACAAAAACAACGCCUGUUACAACUACAAGGCAGACUAUCACUGUAGCAAAAAUCAUUCAGACCAGCACAACUACUCGACCCUCGGUUGCAGCACCAGCAGUACGCAAUGCCUUGACCACUACACCUUCAAAGGACCAGAUUCAGCUGAAAGAUCUGCUAAAGAAUAAUAGUCUUAAUGAACUCAUGAAAUUGAAGCCACCUCCUAAUAUUGCCCAACCAGUAGCAACAGCAGCAACUGAUCUAAGCAAUGGUGCAGUGAAGAAGGAGGCUUCUACAAAAGAGGUAGCAAGAAUAUGGAUAAAUGACAUUAAAAUGAGAAGUUUUUCACCUACUAUGAAAGUGCCAGCAGUGAAAGAGGAGGAGGAACCUGAGGAGGAAGAUGAAGAAGAAAUGGGCCAUGCAGAAACUUACGCUGAGUAUAUGCCAAUAAAGUUAAAAAUUGGUCUACGUCAUCCUGACCCCGUAGUGGAAACCAGCUCGUUAUCUAGUGUAACUCCUCCUGAUGUGUGGUACCAGACAUCAAUAUCAGAAGAAACAAUUGAUAGUGGCUGGUUGUCAGCUUUGCAACUUGAAGCAAUUACUUAUGCAGCCCAGCAACACGAAACAUUCCUGCCCAAUGGAGACAGAGCUGGAUUCUUGAUAGGUGAUGGUGCUGGUGUAGGAAAAGGAAGGACCAUAGCUGGAAUAAUCUAUGAAAAUUACUUGUUAGGCAGAAAAAGAGCAGUCUGGUUUAGCGUGUCAAAUGAUCUGAAAUACGAUGCUGAAAGAGAUUUGAGAGAUAUUGGAGCAAAAAACAUAUUGGUUCAUUCAUUAAACAAGUUCAAGUAUGGGAAGAUUUCUUCCAAACAUAACGGAAGUGUGAAGAAAGGUGUCAUCUUUGCUACCUAUUCUUCUCUUAUUGGUGAAAGUCAGUCUGGUGGUAAAUACAAAACCAGAUUAAAGCAGCUUCUUCACUGGUGUGGUGAAGACUUCGAUGGAGUUAUUGUAUUUGAUGAGUGUCAUAAAGCUAAGAAUCUGUGUCCUGUUGGUUCAUCAAAACCAACAAAAACAGGUCUGGCUGUAUUGGAACUUCAGAAUAAACUUCCAAAAGCCAGGGUUGUUUAUGCUAGUGCCACAGGUGCAUCUGAGCCAAGAAAUAUGGCAUAUAUGAACCGUCUUGGAAUAUGGGGUGAAGGAACUCCGUUUAGGGAAUUCAGUGAUUUUAUUCAGGCUGUUGAAAGAAGAGGUGUUGGUGCCAUGGAAAUAGUUGCUAUGGAUAUGAAGCUGAGAGGAAUGUACAUAGCAAGACAGUUGAGUUUUUCAGGUGUAACUUUCAAAAUUGAUGAAGUUCUGCUUUCACAAGAAUAUGUUAAAAUGUACAAUAAAUCUGUGAAACUGUGGGUGAGUGCUAGAGAGAGGUUUCAACAAGCAGCUGAUCUUAUUGAUGCAGAACAACGAAUGAAAAAGUCUAUGUGGGGUCAGUUUUGGUCAGCUCAUCAGAGGUUUUUCAAGUACCUUUGCAUAGCAUCUAAAGUGAAGAGGGUGGUCCAGCUGGCUCGGGAAGAAAUCAAGAAUGGGAAAUGUGUUGUUAUUGGCCUGCAGUCAACAGGAGAAGCAAGAACAUUAGAAGCUUUGGAGGAAGGUGGUGGUGAACUAAAUGACUUUGUUUCUACAGCAAAAGGAGUAUUCCAGUCUCUUAUUGAAAAGCACUUUCCAGCUCCUGACAGGAAGAAGCUGUUUAGCUUGUUGGGAAUUGACUUGACUGCUCAAAGUAAUAACAAUUCACCCAGAGACAGCCCUUGCAAGGAGAACAAAAUAAAGAAACGGAAAGGUGAAGAAAUAAGCAGAGAAGCCAAAAAAGCUCGCAAAACAGGUGGCCUUGCAGGUAGCAGCUCUGAUGAGAGUGAAAGUGAGUCUGAUGCUUCGGACAAUGAAGAAAGCGACAAUGAGAGCUCCAGAUUUUUGAGUUCUGGAGAUGAUGAUGACUUCAACCCAUUCAGAGAUGAAUCCAGUGAGGAUGAUGAAGAUGAUCCCUGGUUAAUUAGAAAAGAGCAUAAAAAAAAUAAAGACAAGAAAAAGAAGAAAAGUAUAGACCCGGAUUCUAUUCAAAGUGCCUUACUAGCUUCUGGUCUCGGGUCAAAACGACCUAGCUGUUUCACUUCCACUGUUGGUACCACCACUUCUAGUACCAACACGUCAGCAAACAGUAACACAAACAGCAGCUUUGUAACAAGUCAGGAUGCAGUUGAAAGGGCGCAACAAAUGAAAAAAGAACUGCUUGAUAAACUGGAAAAACUGGCUGAAGAUCUCCCACCUAAUACACUGGAUGAGCUUAUAGAUGAACUGGGUGGUCCUGAAAAUGUUGCAGAGAUGACAGGCCGCAAGGGGAGAGUUGUUAGCAAUGAUGAUGGCAGCAUAUCUUAUGAGUCAAGAUCUGAACUUGAUGUGCCUGUUGAAAUUCUGAACAUCACGGAGAAGCAGAGGUUCAUGGAUGGAGAUAAGAACAUUGCCAUAAUCUCGGAGGCUGCCAGCUCUGGUAUAUCAUUGCAAGCAGACCGUAGAGCUAAGAAUCAGAGACGGAGAGUUCACAUGACCCUGGAGCUGCCAUGGAGUGCAGACAGAGCAAUACAGCAGUUUGGAAGAACUCAUAGAUCCAACCAAGUGACUGCUCCAGAGUACGUGUUCCUGAUUUCUGAACUGGCAGGAGAGCAAAGAUUUGCAUCUAUAGUUGCAAAAAGACUGGAGAGCUUGGGAGCCCUCACCCAUGGUGACAGACGGGCUACAGAAACUCGAGACCUCAGCAGAUUCAAUUUUGACAACAAGUACGGAAGAAAUGCUUUAGAGAUUGUUAUGAAAUCCAUUGUGAACUUAGACUCCCCAAUGGUCUCGCCGCCUCCUGAUUUUCCUGGAGACUUCUUCAAAGAUGUUCGUCAGGGAUUGAUUGGCGUAGGCUUGAUAAAUGUAGAAGACAGAUCUGGAAUACUAACGCUCGAUAAAGAUUAUAACAAUAUAGGAAAAUUUCUGAAUAGAAUUCUUGGUAUGGAAGUACAUCAGCAGAAUGCUCUAUUCCAGUACUUUUCUGACACGUUAAAUGCGGUUAUUCAAAAUGCUAAAAAGAAUGGAAGAUAUGAUAUGGGCAUCUUAGAUUUGGGCUCUGGGGAUGAGAAAGUAAGAAAGGCAGAUGUUAAGAAGUUUUUAACUCCUGGAUAUUCUACCUCUGGACAUGUAGAACUAUACACAAUCAGUGUAGAGAGAGGAAUGUCUUGGGACGAAGCAACUAAGAUCUGGGCAGAACAGACAGGUCCAGAUGAUGGAUUUUAUUUAUCACUACAGAUAAGAAAUAACAAGAAAACCGCUAUUCUAGUAAAAGAAGUGAAUCCUAAAAAGAAGCUUUUUUUAGUAUACAGACCAAAUACUGGGAAACAACUCAAACUAGAAACAUGUGCAGACCUGAAAAAGAAAUAUAAGAAGGUACCUUCUGAAGACGCUCUGCCGCACUGGUUGGAGCAGUACAAUUCUUCUGCGGAUACCUGCACCCAUGCUUACUGGAGAGGCAAUUGUAAGAAGGCAGGCUUGGGAUUAGUUUGUGAAGUGGGACUCCGCUGUCGAACUUACUACGUCUUGUGUGGUUCAGUAUUGAGCGUCUGGACAAAAGUAGAAGGCGUUCUAGCCUCUGUGAGUGGUACAAAUGUGAAAAUGCAAAUAGUUCGUCUAAGAACAGAAGAUGGGCAGAGGAUCGUAGGUUUGAUCAUUCCUGCAAAUUGUGUAUCACCCCUUGUAAACCUCCUGUCAACGUCAGACCAGUCUCAACAGCUUGCAGUACAACAGCAGCAGAUCUGGCAGCAGCAUCACCCGCAAAGCAUCACCAACUUCAACAAUGCAUAAGAGGACAAACUACAGGUGUUGACUUUGGUGUUUGAGGAAAAGGCUGUAAAAGCAUAUCACUUGCAUAAAAAUCAGGGACAGAUUCCAAAGAAAUAUAACUUUUUCAGUUCAGUUGUGUGCUCUCAAAUACUUUGGGAAUAAAGAGAUCUAAAAAGGUUGGUAGAACUGAAAGCCAGCAGUUGUUUAUUGGUGGUGCAUCUGUCUUUCCUUAUGCUCUCUGUAGUGCUUCCUGUUUGCUUUUACUUUUGGCCUUUUAAGCUACAAACCACAAUUUGUUUGAAAAUGCUUGAAAAUCCCCAAGCAGGCUUUAUUUUUAUCUUGUCAUACAGUGCUCAGGGUUUAACGCAGUGCAUCAAUGCCAUUGCUGUGGGAGAUAUCCUUGAAUGCAUGUAUUGAGUAUAUAUAUAGAAAAUAUAUAUUGGGUUUUUCUCUUCAAUUUAUGAGUUUAUAAAAGCAUGAAACCUAGAGGUUGCACAUCAUGCAUUCAGGUUCCUUCCCAGUUUCUGUUUGACAGUGCAUGUCUUUGGAAACGGGCAUGGACAGGAUAAACACACAAGACAGGAAUUCAGAGAGAAACACAAUCUUAGUUGUACAGCAUUGGUUAUUGCAUUUUUAUAGUGUUUAUACCCAGGUGUUGCAUUUUUUCUGGUUCUCUCCUGGGGGUUAUAUAUUUGAGUCUACAACAUGUUCUUUUUGUGAUAAACAUCUUAAAUUAAAAUUAGUUCAUUUUUAAUGUAUUAAUGGUAUUCCUAAUGUGUACUGCAAAGAUGGCUGGAUGCCUAUUUUCCUUAAAUUGAAGCAUUUCCUUAAUCCGAGGUGGUUAUGGAAACUUAAGUGCAAAUUCACUUCCAUCUCGCAUACAAUCUUAUAUUUUUUACUUCAUUAAUGUAAUUUAAUUUGUCACUUGUAAGAUGAAACCUUACUUGAGCUGUAAAUUAGAGAAUGGGAAACACUUGAGGGUUCUGCUGUAUGUGCUGUUUCUGUUACCCAGUAACUUGAAUACUGUUUAAUAUGUUGUAAGACAUUGUAGAGUUUAUCUGGAGCUGUUUAAAGAAAUUGUAAUGUACAAAUGUGAAUAGUCACUUAUCUAUAAUAUGGGUAAGUUUUGUUUUGCCUAUAAUAGUAGAUGUUUAUAAGAAAGUGAAGGACAAUGUUUGUCAUUUCUUGCUUGCACAGGUUGCACUAUUGAAAAAUUGAGAUUGUAUAAACCUGUCCAAAAAAACUACAAGAUAAUGAUCUUGUAGAUGUCAAAUAAAAGUUAUUGUACUAACAAGAA